CACCGACUUAGGACGACACGAACUUCCGCUGUCUAGGUCGCCAUGCAGAUUUUCGUGAAGACCCUCACGGGCAAGACUAUCACCCUUGAGGUGGAGUCAUCCGACACCAUUGACAAUGUCAAGUCCAAGAUCCAGGACAAGGAGGGCAUUCCCCCAGACCAACAGCGCUUGAUCUUCGCCGGCAAGCAGCUCGAGGAUGGCCGCACCCUUUCCGACUACAACAUCCAGAAGGAGUCGACUCUUCACCUCGUCCUCCGCCUCCGUGGUGGUGGUAAGAAGCGCAAGAAGAAGGUCUACACCACCCCCAAGAAGAUCAAGCACAAGCGCAAGAAGACCAAGCUCGCUGUCCUCAAGUACUACAAGGUCGACGGUGACGGCAAGAUUGAGCGCCUGCGUCGCGAGUGCCCCUCUGACACCUGCGGUGCCGGUAUCUUCAUGGCUGCCAUGCACAACCGCCAGUACUGCGGUCGCUGCCACCUCACCUACGUCUUCGACGACCCCAAGUAAAUGUGUCGCGAAGACGGGUGUUGAUGACUAUUGUUGUUCAUCUUCGCUAGCUAUCUACUCUAGUGUGUUGCAAUAAAGUCGUUGUCCCGAUCACCAUACUCUUUUGCCGCGUAUCUAUAUUCUGUGACAUGUCUCGUGCUCUUGUGCGCACUCCAGCAAUGUUCUGUAUCACUAUGAGUAGGCCAAGUUUUGAAACAACAUUAACAAUAAAGGUGUCUACAUGGCUUUUCCUUUGCUCCUCACGUCCGUCCCAAUGCAUGUCGUUCGUGUGCGAUUGUUCUCUGCCACGUCUUCUUCCCGCUUGUUCAGUCGAACCUCGCUCACGGAGUGGGUGCUUGACCCCACAGGAUCGAGUUGAGUACGCUGUACGGCGAGUACUCCUCAUCCACCAGCGUGCUUGUGUUCGAAGGAAAGACGCUCGAGUGAUCGACUCCAGCCAUGCCAGGACUGUCACUA